AUGAAUCCUGGAGACAUUGCCAUUGUCAACUACGGAGAGAGACCUACCACCUGGCAUAUGCGGGUUCUGCUUGCUCAUACCUCCCAGGACAACUGGGUCGUACUGACUCCUGAUCAUGAUAUCUAUGAGGAGCAGAUGAGCGGUGAUAACCCGGACCUAACAGGUUUUCAUCACUGUGGUGCCAACGGCUCUCUUCCGGCGCGCAUCAAUCCUCGCAAUGUGUACGCUUUCUCUCCUUUGACUCCUCAGGCUCUUCGAGGCUACAUGGCACAGGGCCAGGCUGAGGCUGAUCGCAUCAUCGCUUCCGCUCUGCAAGAUCCAGGUAGAUCUGAUGCUGGAGGAGUGGCCCAGGGCGGCGCUGCAGAGGCGACAAUCCCGGUAGCGCCACAGCAUCCCAUCUUGGAGGGCAAGGACACAUGGAUUGCGGCCGAAGACGGAAUCAGGCUGAAAAAGGGAGACGUUCUUGCAGUGGAUCCUUCACCCUUGCCAGCUGGCCAUGUAGUCCUGGGAGAUAAGGGUGUCAUACCUGAAGGGGCUGGUUUUCUGCUCAUUCGCAAAGUAGCAGCCGGAGAUGUACCGAAGUAUCAGAUCGGGGACAUCCGAGUCCUUCCUGUCAGCUUUGAUGCGCAAGGCGUCAGGCGGAAGGAGUUCACCAUCGCUGUUGGCCAGAUGGAUGAUGAUCCCCUCGUCGGGGGAGGCUUGCAGCUAGCAGGGCCCAGCUCCGCUUUGAAGCUGCUGAAGGACAUGCGAGAUCAACAGUUCACGCCAAGCACCUUUCAUGAACAUUGGGUGCGCUCGUCGGAGGUUCCAAGAGGCGACAGGUCCAUCUAUGAACAUGAAGUGCUAUCACGCAUUAUGGACUCCAUGAUCAUUGUUGAUCAGCUCAAUGUGCCGGCGCUUCAGUCUGCUGAGCUGAUCUUUCGACGGCUUCAAGUAAUUCGGCAGGCUCACAAAGGAUCUCCCGGAAACCCCGAUUACAGCAGCGCGGACCACUACAUGGGGUGGAAGUACAAGAAGGCUGCAGCUGGUGUGGACAGUGACUUGUCUGCGUACGUUGCGAAUGAGCUAAAGAGCGAGGCCACGAUCUUGAAGGAGUCAAGAAAGGCAAGAGAAGAAAUUGCCGCACGGGUCGAGGGUGCGGCAGUUGAGCCAACGGCCCACUGCAUGCUACAGUCCGAGAAUUCAGUUCAGGGGGCUUCAUCUGGUGACCAGCGCAACCGCGAGAUCUUCCCACUGCCAUUCUGCAGCGGUGUUCCACGUCAUUCUGGUCUUUCCGUGAGUGCUCGUCGGAGGCGCGCUAAGGUGCGGCAGCAAGUGGAGGUGACCAAUUCAAUCAUCCAAGUGUUGAACGAGAUGUAUGCCCCUAGCCAUGACGGCGACUUUUGUGACUCUGCUGAGACGGCAGCUCAAGGCGCGGCUCAACAUGAGAUUUUUAAGGCGGUAACGAGAUGUCAUCUGCCUGAAACAAUUUUGUCCGAGCGUGAAGCUGUUAAAGAGCUUCUGCAUACCAGCCUGAGCUACGAUGGUUCAGAUGCUACCACGACGGUGCGGCCCUACGAGAGGGGCCUCGUCAGCAUCCCAUCCGGUGGACACAACGCUGUGGAGCUGGGAGAGGUGCUGGACGAGGGCGGCCGAGACAUCGUAGAGGACCCCGCCAGAUGCAUGUUACUCAGUGAGGAUGAGUGGGGAGAUGUGGCAGAAAGGCAAGCUGGGUUCACUCCAUACAUGGAUGAGCGAUUGAAGAAGGACCCUUUGCUUUACUGUUCAUUUGUGAAGGACUUGGUGGAGUCUGGGAUGGUCAGCUUUACCACUGCUCCAGAGGACCUCGUCACGCCUUUCUUUGUCGUCAAAAAGAACUUGAGAUUGAGAUUGAUUUUGGACUGUCGAGGAGUAAACCGACGGUUCCGGCCUCCUCCUCCUUUAGCGCUCGGCUCAGGAUCGUCAUGGAGUCAGCUUACAAUACCGAAAGCAAACACUCUGUAUGUGGCGCAGUCCGAUAUCAAGGAUUAUUUUUACAGCCUACUUCUUCCCGAAUCUCUCCGUCCCCUUUUCUGUAUGCCCGCGAUCCCGGCAGACUGUUUGAGCAGGUGGGGCAUUGGCACUCAUUUGUGGGACGGGCGACAUCGAGAAGGUUGGGUAUGGCCGAUGCUGAGGGUUGUGCCGAUGGGCUGGAACUGGGCCAUGUAUGUAGCGCAGAGGGUCCACCAACAUCAGUCCAUGAUUGGAGCUGGCCUAUCUUGGGACCGAGUUCUGGUUGACAAUAAGCCAGCUCCUGAGCUCAGCGAUGGAGAACCUGUUCUUUUACCUUAUGCUGACAACCUCAACGUUGCGGGGACUGACCCUGUCAAGGUGCAGGCUGCCAAGGACGGUGCGGUUGCUCGACUGCGAGGUCUAGGCUUCCUCGUGCAUGAAGAGCUUGAUGCGACAGACGCUGCAGCGGGUCGUUCUGUGCUUCCAGUGGCUCUGGAGGAGGCCGCGGGUUACAGCCAGGACGGUGCAGAAACUACUUGGUCACGCAGUCCAUUUUAUGCUGCUUCGGAGGGAGCUUCUUAG